AUUCUCAGGGGUAUUAGGCCAUCAAAAAAGGUGAACGUCGAAUACUUACAAUUUAAUCGUUUGUUUGCCCUGCGUUGUAUAAAGUGACGACAUCACCAUCUGCCCAGCUCGGAAUACUACUCUUUUUGAGAGAGCAAUCAAACCUCUCUUAUUAUAUUUACACAUUAUCCAUAUUAUAUUUUAUCUCUGAAUAUAUGCAAUAAUCCCACCUCACGAUGAGCAUGGCGUCCACUACGGGCAGACAGCAUAGCGCCUUAAGGGCCGCCACCGCCGACGACGGCACGGCUUGGGUUCGCGGUCACGAGGGGCCCAUUGUGCAGCCAUCUUCCUACCUCCGCCCUCGAGGUCUGUCGCAUCCAAUGGCUUUCGCAACAGCAGGGGCCCUGUCUGAGAGGGCGAUUGACCGAGAAGAGCGUCAAGGCUUGCGUGCCAUUCGCAAUUUCCUCAAAGUCCGCAACAGUUACGAUGUCCUGCCGCUCAGUUUCCGUCUCAUUAUUUUCGAUACCUCGUUAUCCGUCAAGGAGAGCUUGAAUGUCUUGAUCCAGAAUGGCAUCGUAUCGGCGCCGUUAUGGGAUUCCAAAACCUCGACGUUCGCCGGACUGUUGACGACUUCUGACUAUAUCAAUGUUAUCCAAUAUUAUUUCCAGAACCCAGCCGAUCUGGACCAGAUCGACGGGUUUCGACUAGACCAUCUCAGAGAUGUAGAAAAAGCACUUGGUGUUGCUCCCCCGGAAACCAUCUCCAUCGACCCCGAGCGUCCCCUCUACGAAGCAUGUCGGCGCAUGCUCGAAUCGCGAGCCCGCAGAAUCCCUCUGGUUACGAACGACAGUCAGACGGACCGGUCGCAUGUCCUGAGCGUUGUCACCCAGUAUCGUAUUCUAAAGUUCGUUGCGGUCAACGUCAAUGAUACCCAGAAGCUGCGGAAGCCCCUCCAGGAAUUACUACUGGGCACCUAUGAUGACAUUGCGACUGCGUCGAUGGAUACCCCGGUCAUAGAUGUUAUUCACAUUCUGGUGAAAAAGAGCAUAUCCAGCGUGCCGAUCUUGAACUCCGAAGGCGUUGUGUACAAUGUUUUCGAGGCAGUUGAUGUGAUCUCCUUGAUUAAAGGUGGCGUCUAUGAUGAUCUAAGUUUGACCGUUGGUGAGGCUUUGAAAAAGCGUUCCCCGGACUUCCCGGGCAUCUACACCUGCUCACUUACAGAUGGGCUAGACACCAUCUUUGAUACGAUCCGCAAGUCUCGUGUGCACCGUUUGGUCGUGGUGGAUGAACAUUUCCGGCUCAAGGGUGUCCUCACGUUGAGUGACAUUCUGCAUUACAUCCUUCUUGAGGGCGAAACCGAUGAAACAACGUGAUUAUGAUUUUCUGCUUUUCUAAGCCGUUAUAUCUCGUGUAUGACACCUAUUGCAUGGAACAGGCGUUUUGUGUUAUUCGGCUGCGAGUUUCAGCAGAGAUCUGAUGAGUAGCAGUCGGAAUGCGAUUUAUUUUUAUUUUUAUUUUUUUCUUUUACUCGAAAUGAGUAGAUGGAUAUGGCUAUUCGCAGUGUUUGGGAUUAGUUACGCUUUCAUGCGAACUGAAUAGCAUGAGCAUACGUAUAGCAAUAGAAAGUUGCACACUUAUUUCAUGUCAAAGAAUCUUACUUCCUACAAAUGUCAUCCGCGUCUUCCAGACAAGUCUGAUGUAUGUACUUUUUUUUUUC